AUGAUAUUAAAAAUUAGAAGUGAAGCUAUUUGUGAAUCAGCAGCAUCGAUAUUAAAAGGUCAUAUUCACAAUAACCGUUCUUUACAACACAAAUCUUUGAAUGAUGAAGUAUUUCUUCAUUGGAAUACUCCACCGUUGCAUUUAGCUGAUAAAUUUAUUGAACAAUCAAUAGAUGAUUAUUUUAUAAACAAAAAGGACAAAACUUGGUUAUUUUAUAGGAAAAGUGAACAAUAUCAACCAUGGAAAUUAUUAUCUCCUGGUUCACUCGUAUUGAAUCGUUUCCGAAGUGAACAAGUACCAAGACUACCAGAAUUAAAUGAUGAUUGA